AUGGAGCUCAUAAGUUUUUCUAUCAAGCUGCAGAUGUUCCUCAGCACAUGUAUGGGCCUGCAGUUUUUAGGCACACCAGGUCAGUGGGCUCGUUACCUCCGCUGGGAUGCCAGUAUCCGUGGUGAUCUCAGCUUCCAAUUCAAGACAGAGUUCUCAGAGGCACUGCUGCUCUACUUUGACGAUGGAGGCUACUGUGACUUUCUGCAGCUGUCUGUGGUUGAGGGUCUUCUUCAGCUGCGUUUUAGCAUUGACUGUGCUGAAACUACAGUUGUGUCUGACAGAAGGGUGGAUGACAACAACUGGCACUUUGUAUUUCUCAGCAGGUAUAACUUGCGCACUGUUUUGGCACUGGACGGAAAAGCCAAAGCAGAUGAGGUGCGGCCGCAGCGCCAGUACAUGAACAUUGUGAGUGACCUGUUCCUGGGUGGAGUGCCUCAGGAUAUCCGCAGCGGUGCAUUCACACUGCCCACAGCGCGAAACAUGCAGCCCUUCAAGGGCUCAAUCACAGACCUGAAAUAUGGCAAGUCACAACCACUGUUCCUGGGAAGUCUCAAAGUGCCCCUGGAGUCCGAGGGGUGGUGCACCGAGAACCCUUGUGAGAAUGGCGGCACUUGCACAGUGGUGGACGGGCAACCAUUCUGUGAUUGCUCCAAAACAGAAUACAAAGGCCACUUCUGCACAGAAGGCCUUGCACACAUGAUGGCAGAACAAGCAAGGGAAGCGAAUGUGGCCACAUUCCGUGGUUCAGAGUAUUUCUGCUAUGACCUCUCUCAGAACCCAAUCCAGAGCAGCAGUGAUGAAAUCACACUCUCCUUCAAGACAUGGCAGCGCAAUGGCCUUAUACUUCACACUGGCAAAUCUGCUGACUAUGUCAACUUGGCGCUGAAGGAUGGUGCUGUCUCGCUUGUGAUCAACCUGGGCUCUGGAGCUUUUGAGGCAAUUGUUGAGCCCGUCAAUGGAAAGUUCAAUGACAACUCGUGGCAUGAUGUCAAAGUGACUCGCAACCUACGGCAGCAAUCGGGCAUCGGAUACACCAUGGUGACAAUAUCAGUGGAUGGGAUUUUGACCACCACGGGUUACACCCAGGAGGACUACACCAUGCUUGGCUCAGAUGACUUUUUCUAUGUUGGUGGUAGCCCCAGCACUGCUGACCUACCCGGAUCUCCUGUGAGCAACAACUUCAUGGGCUGUCUCAAAGAAGUGGUGUACAAGAACAAUGACAUCCGCCUUGAAUUGUCCCGACUUGCCCGGAUUGUUGACCCCAAGAUGAAGAUCCAGGGUGAGGUGUCCUACAGGUGUGAAGAUGUGGCCACCCUCGAUCCCAUUUCUUUUGAGACCCCAGAGGCCUAUAUCAGCUUACCCAAGUGGAAUACCAAGCGGAUGGGAUCCAUCUCUUUUGAUUUUCGCACUACAGAGCCCAAUGGCCUCAUCCUCUUCACCCACGGCAAACCACAAGAGCGUAAAGAUGCAGCCCGUAGCCAAAAGAACACCAAGGUGGAUUUUUUUGCUGUUGAGCUACUGGAUGGAAGUUUAUACUUGCUGUUGGACAUGGGAUCAGGGACUAUAAAGGUGAAGGCCACUCAAACAAAGGUCAAUGACGGUGCCUGGUAUCAUGUGGACAUCCAGAGAGAUGGCCGCUCAGGCACCAUCUCUGUCAACAGCAGAAGAACCCCAUUCACAGCAAGUGGUGAGAGUGAAAUCCUAGACCUGGAAGGUGAUAUGUACUUGGGCGGGCUUCCCACUGAUCGCACUAACCUAAUUUUGCCGACUGAGCUCUGGACAGCAAUGCUUAACUAUGGCUAUGUAGGCUGCAUCCGUGAUCUUUUCAUUGACGGUCGAAGCAAAGACAUCCGUCAAAUUGCUGAAGCACAGAAUGGUGCUGGGAUUAAGCCCUCCUGUAACAAGCAAACUGGAAAACAGUGUGAGAGUUACCCCUGCAAGAACCGAGGGGCCUGCAAAGAAGGCUGGAAUCGAUUUAUCUGUGACUGCACCGGCACGGGUUAUUGGUCCCGCACUUGUGAGAGAGAGGCUUCGAUCCUUUCCUAUGAUGGGAGCAUGUAUAUGAAAGUUGUGAUGCCAACCAUCAUGCACACUGAAGCAGAGGAUGUUUCGCUACGUUUUCGCUCCCAGAGGGCUUAUGGCCUCCUUAUGGCCACUACUUCCCGAGACUCAGCCGACACCCUCAGACUCGAACUGGAUGGAGGCCGCGUCAAACUCACGGUUAAUCUAGACUGUAUCAGGAUAAACUGUAACUCCAGCAAAGGACCGGAGAUGCUGUAUGCUGGGCAAAAGCUCAAUGAUAAUGAAUGGCAUACAGUACGUGUGGUGCGUCGCGGCAAAACCUACAAUCUAAUCGUUGAUGAUGAUGUAGCAGAAGGCCAAAUGGUGGGUGACCACACACGUCUGGAGUUCCACAACAUUGAAACAGGCGUCAUGACAGAGCGCAGAUUUGUUUCAAGCAUCCCAUCCAGCUUCAUUGGUCAUCUGCAGAGCCUCAGAUUCAAUGGCAUGCUCUACAUUGACCUGUGCAAAAAUGGAGACAUUGAUUUUUGCGAGCUUAAUGCCCGCUUUGGGAUACGUUCCAUUAUUGCUGACCCAGUCACCUUUAAAUCUAAGAGUAGCUAUCUCAGCCUAGCCACCCUCCAGGCCUACACGUCCAUGCACCUCUUCUUCCAGUUCAAGACCACUUCCCCCGAUGGCUUCAUACUAUUCAACUCAGGAGAUGGGAGUGAUUUUAUUGCUGUAGAGAUGGUGAAAGGAUAUAUCCAUUAUGUUUUUGACUUGGGAAAUGGACCUAAUCUCAUCAAGGGAAAAAGUGAAAGGGCCCUUAAUGACAACCAAUGGCACAAUGUGGCGAUCACCCGAGACAACAGCAACACCCAUACACUGAAAGUAGAUGCUUCGGCAACAACUCAGAGCAUAAAUGGGGCCAAGAACUUGGACCUGAAAGGUGACCUUUUCAUUGCUGGACUGGGUCCUGGCAUGUACGGUAAUCUGCCUAAACUUGUGGCUUCGAGAGAGGGUUUCCAAGGCUGCUUGGCUUCUGUGGACCUAAACGGGCGUCUGCCAGACCUCAUCAGUGACGCUUUGUUUCGUAGUGGGCAGAUUGAGCGUGGAUGUGAAGGUCCCAGCACCACCUGUCAGGAAGACUCAUGUGCCAACAUGGGUAUUUGCAUCCAGCAGUGGGAGAACUACACGUGUGACUGCUCCAUGACCUCCUACACUGGGACACAAUGCAAUGAUCCUGGGACCACAUACAUCUUUGGCAAAGGAGGAGGUCUCAUAACAUUCAAGUGGCCAGCCAAUGAGAGACCAAGCACCAGGACGGACAGGCUGACCGUUGGCUUUAGUACAUCGCUCAAAGAUGGCAUCCUUGUCAGGAUCGACAGCGCUCCUGGUCUGGGGGACUACCUCAUGCUGCACAUACAACAAGGCAAAAUUGGUGUGACUUUCAACAUUGGGACAGUGGAUAUCAGUGUACAAGAGAGCAGUACCCCAGUGAAUGAUGGAAAGUAUCACGUGGUCCGCUUCACCAGGAAUGGCGGUAAUGCUACACUGCAAGUUGAUAACUGGUCCAUCAAUGAACAUUUCCCGACAGGUAACAGUGACAUUGAACGGUUUCAAAUGGCCAAUAAGAAAAUUCCCUUUAAAUACACACGGCCAGUCGAAGAAUGGUUUCAAGAAAAAGGACGACAGUUAACCAUAUUCAAUACUCAAGCCACAGUUGCAAUUGGAGGAAGUGAUCGUGGACGGCCAUUUCAGGGUCAGCUGUCUGGCCUCUAUUACAAUGGCCUUAAGGUGUUAAACAUGGCUGCUGAGAGCAACGCAAACAUCAAGAUAAAUGGGAGCGUGAGGCUGGUUGGUGAUGUCCCCAGUGGGGCAGGCUCAACCAAGUCCACUGCCAUGCCUUCAGUUGUGUCCACAACCUUUGUUGAGACUACUACCAUGAUGUCCACCACUACCACACGGAAACACAGAUCCUCUUCAGCGAAGCAUGCAUCAGAUGAUAUUGUGUCAUCUGCGGAGUGUUCCAGUGACGAUGAAGACCUCGAGGAGUGUGAAACUGCACUUCCCACAGAACCAGGCGUCAGGCCGGGACCUUCAGAAGUAGUCCGGGAAUCAAGCAGCACCACCGGGAUGGUCAUCGGAAUAGUGGCGGCCGCUGCCCUGUGCAUCCUCAUCCUUCUUUAUGCCAUGUAUAAGUACAGGAACAGGGAUGAAGGCUCCUACCAGGUGGACGAGAGCAGGAACUAUAUCACCAACUCAGCACAGAGCAAUGGUACUGUCAUCAAGGACAAACAGCAAAGCUUGAAAGGCAACAAUAAAAAGCAGAAAUAUAAGGAUAAGGAGUAUUACGUGUGACUGAGUUUAAAGACAGUGAAAAGAAAAAGGCAGCAUUUCAAGUACAUAUUACUUUGCUUGUGAAGAGAAACGACAAAUGAUGGUAUUAAAUGGAACUUGAAUGAUCCUUUACUGUGCUGAGAAGCUGAACUGAUGACAUGUACUAUAAUAUAAAGCACGCUUACUUCUGUAAGCAGAGAGAGAAGUCUUAAUAGCAACAUUACUUACUAUUCUAUCUGGUCCGAGACAUUAUCAGAAUAGAAAUAUUUCCCAGCUACAUCAUUCUCCUAAGUGACUCUUAAAACAAUGUGAUCUGUGACAUAAAGACAAAAAAUACAUUAUUUUCUAUGUUACAAAAAGUCUAAUAGGCUUGACCAUUAUCAGCAUGUUAGGAACUUGUAGUGCAUAA